AUCCUGUCUCUGGGCGCUGGCUUCGACUCCUUAUACUUCCGUUUGAAGGAUGUGGGUCUCCUGCGUCACGCAGCAGUGUACGAGGUGGAUUUUCCAGAUGUGGCGCGCCAAAAAGCUGCUCUCAUCAGAAGGAUGAAGGAGUUGUCGGCGCUGGUGGGAGACACUGGAGGGGAAGCAUUAGGAGCCGUUACCUUGUCGGGAGAGGAUUAUAAGUUACUGGGAGUGGAUUUGUCAGAGCUUUGUGAGCUGGAGAGAGCCCUGGAGGCUGCAGGACUGGACAAGGAAGUCCCCACCCUCUUCCUGGCGGAGGUGGUGCUCACCUACAUGGAGCCUGGCCGGUCCGACGCCGUGAUCCAGUGGGCGGCCCAGCGCUUCCCUCGGGCGUGCUUCCUUCUCUACGAGCAGAUGCACCCCCAGGACCCCUUCGGCCGCGUGAUGCAGCAGCACUUCAGCCGGCUGAGCUCCGCGCUGCGCUCGCUGGCGCGGUACCCGGACGGCGAGGCACAGCAGAGGCGCUUCCUGGAAAAGGGCUGGACCGAGUGCAGUGUCAUGGAUAUGAACGAGUUUUUCACCCGCUGCACUCCAGAAGAGGAGCAGAGAAGAGUGCAAGCUCUGGAGCCUUUCGAUGAGUAUGAGGAGUGGCAUCUGAAAUGUUCUCACUACUUUGUCUUGGCCGCGUCAAAGGGGCUGGAGCCUCCCUGGACCCCGUUGUUACCCAGCGUGACAGCUCCUCGUUGCAACGGUCCCAUCGAGCCGGCUGGGAGCGUGACAGCCACGGCGUGUGCCAUGCGCCCCGACGCCCCCGGCCUCAGGCGCUACGGGCACCGCUCUGUUCUCCUCAAACCCAACGUGAUUCUCACCACCGGAGGCUUCGGGGAGGAGGACGGGCAGCACCGCCGCGUGAGAGAUUUUCACCUGCUGGUGAAGCACGGGGGCUGCUGGAGAGCUGCUGGUGUGAAAAAAGAAAAUCCCAAUGACGCGUGGGCUGGGCGGUUGUACCACACCGUGUCCUGUCUCUCGGGCAGCCUGGCCCUGGUGGUAGGAGGACGAACGUCCCCAUCAAGAGCUGGCUUGGGAAUGCUGUGGCUGAAGUUCCCCGAGACCUGGGAUGCCUCAGGCACGGAGGAUGUCACCGUGGAGCUUGUCAGUCUGUCGCCGGCCACCGAACCGGCCGCUUUGCGUUGGAGACACAGCACGACUGAAGUCACGUUCCAAGGUGAGAAGUACCUGUUUGUGUACGGCGGCCGCUCCGCCGCGGAGCCGGUGCUGGGGGAUUGGUGUUUCCUGCACGCCCGAGAGCUUUCCUGCGCUGCG